CUGUGCGGUCGAGUCGAUCACGGAUGCAUCACGUGAGAUCCAACGGUAGGGACUGAUUGGAGUGGAUAUGAAGUUCUUGUGACUCUGGAACUACGUGAGGAUUCCCCGUUUAGAUUUUCUCUCAAUUUCCCAGAUUUUCUCUCUUCCUUUUCACAAGAACAUGUGAUCACUUGCUUUACAGCUCUCCCUCUCCCUCUCUCUCUCUCUCCUUCUCUUUCUCUGUCUAACAUGGAGUCCCUGCAAUCUCCUCUUGUUCUCUCGUCCAAACUUCUUCCAAAUUCAUUAAAAAAGCCAGUUUUAGAAGUGGGGUUUGCUUGCUUUUUCAAACAAAGAAGAGUCAUCCAAUCUGUUUCAAUCAAAAGAUCAGUUGUGUGCUGUAGCAGAAAAGGAGGUGGUGGUGGCUCUCAAGAUGGGUCUUCUGCCAUGCUAGUGAAUACUGAGAAGAAGGAUGCCUCGGACUCUGUUGGGUUCCACUUGGUUCCUCCUCCAUCCGGUGAUAAUGGAGUCAUUGACCCUCAUGAGAAGUUAUCUACUCAAAAAGAAGCAGAAACUGGAAACAGUGAAGGUGAGGAGGAAAGAAAAACCAAAGUGACCUACAAUAUUGUUUUUGUUACCUCUGAAUCAGCACCAUAUUCAAAGACUGGAGGUCUAGGAGAUGUCUGUGGUUCUUUGCCUAUAGCUCUAGCUGCUCAUGGGCAUCGUGUAAUGGUUGUAUCACCUAGAUACCAAAAUGGUACUUGUUCAGAUGAAAUUUUUUCAGGUGCUUCAGAUCUUGAGCACCCCAUCAAGGUCCAUUGCUUUGGAGGGGUGCAGGAAGUCUCCUUCUUCCAUGAGUACAGAGCAGGUGUAGACUGGGUAUUUGUGGACCACCCUUCAUAUCAUAGACCAGGAACUCCAUAUGGUGAUGGUUAUGGCGCUUUUGGUGAUAAUCAGUUUCGGUUCACUUUACUUUGCCAUGCAGCAUGUGAGGCUCCAUUGGUGCUUCCAUUGGGAGGGUUUACCUAUGGGGAAAAAUGUUUGUUUCUUGUUAAUGAUUGGCAUGCAAGCCUAGUGCCAGUGCUUUUGGCUGCCAAGUAUCGUCCACAUGGAGUUUAUAAAGAUGCACGAACUGUUCUUGUAAUACACAACCUUGCACAUCAGGGGGUGGAACCUGCAGUAACUUACGAUAAUUUGGGGCUGCCUCCUGAGUGGUAUGGGGCUGUGGAAUGGGUGUUUCCCACAUGGGCAAGGACGCAUGCUCUUGACCCGGGCCAAGCUGUCAAUCUUCUGAAGGGUGCUAUUGUGACAGUUGAUCGGAUACUGACAGUUAGCAAGGGCUAUGCUUGGGAAGUAACAACUCCCGAAGGUGGAUAUGGUCUGCAUGAGCUCCUGACCAGUCGAAAAGCUGUUAUAAAUGGGAUCACAAAUGGUAUUGAUGUUUCCGAAUGGGAUCCAUCCUCAGAUGAGCAUAUUCCCUUCCAUUACUCUGCUGAAGAUCUCUCUGGGAAGGUUCAAUGCAAGAUUGCUUUGCAGAAGGAAUUAGGCCUUCCCAUUAGGCCGGAUUGUCCAUUGAUUGGAUUCAUUGGGAGAUUGGACUACCAGAAAGGAAUCGAUGUGAUUCGGUUGGCAACUCCAGAGCUUAUGGGAGAGGACGUCCAAUUGGUCAUGCUUGGGUCUGGGAACCCAGAGGAUGAAGAGUGGAUGAGAGUGAUGGAAUCAACAUACAGGGACAAGUUCCGUGGUUGGGUUGGAUUUAAUGUCCCAAUUUCUCAUAGAAUAACUGCAAGCUGUGACAUCCUGUUGAUGCCAUCAAGAUUCGAACCUUGUGGACUAAACCAGCUCUAUGCAAUGAGAUAUGGGGCUGUACCAGUUGUACAUGGCACUGGAGGACUCAGAGAUACAGUAGAGAAUUUCAAUCCAUAUGCUGGAGGAGGCAGCGGUGAAGGAACCGGGUGGACGUUUUCUCCCCUGUCAAAAGACACUAUGCUGGCGGCACUGAGAGUUGCUAUCAGGACAUACCGGGAACACAAGCCCUCCUGGGAGAGGUUGAUGAAGAGAGGAAUGGAGAAAGAUUAUACAUGGGAUAAAGCUGCACUUGAAUACGAGCAGGUCUUCAAAUGGGCCUUCAUCGAUCCGCCUUACGUUAGCUAGAAACAAACCCAGAAGAAGAAGAAUAAGAAGAAGAAGAAAAAGAAGCUAACAAAAAGGAAUACACCAUAGAUUGCGGAGUGUUAGUUCUUCCUUGUAUAUAGAGGAGGGGGAGGAUCAUAUAACACUUUCUUUUUUGCCCAUGUCCAAGACUGGUUCAAGGUUUUUUCCAUUCUUUUUCCUUGUCAAACCCCUUUUUGAUUGAUUAAUAAUUAUAUUCUUGAUUCUUA